GAAUACAUCUCUGCUGAAUCCUCAGCACCUCUUGGUGGCCAAGCACAGAUGACUUUCCAGUGCAGGCCAGCCCAGGCAUCUCUGGAGGAGGACAGCAGAGACAGCCUGCACCGGCGGAAUCCUGGCACAGACAGGGUGGAAGAAUAUCUCAUGGCAAUGCUGCAGGUGCCAAUGGGGCACACGCUCAGUCCAGAGGAGGCAAAGCUGCUCAUGAACCAGACAGUACAGCAGGUCCAGGAUACUCUGAGCAUACCAGAUGAUGUUGCUCGGCACCUCCUCAUGCACUGUAGGUGGAAUGUGGAUUUCCUGAUCCAGUGCUAUGUGGAGAACCGUGAGGCCCUGCUCAUCUCCUCAGGGCUGCAAGUGCAGGAUGUCCAGCCUCCCCCAAGCCCUGGAACCCACUGCCCAGUCUGUGUGAACCAGCUGUGUCCCACUGAGAAGCCACCAACCCUUUGCUGCAUGCACUACUGUUGCAAGCCCUGUUGGAGGGAGUAUCUCACAACUCGCAUUGAGCAGAACAUGGUUGUCAACUGCACCUGUCCCAUAUCCGAGUGCCGUGCUCAGCCCACCACAGCCUUCAUCUACUCCAUCGUGUCCUCCGAGGAGAUCAUAGCCAAGUAUGAAAAAGCCCUCCUCAGACGCUAUGUUGAGUGUUGCUCCAACCUGACAUGGUGCACCAACCCUCAGGGCUGUGAUCAGAUCCUCCUUAAAGAUGGACUUGGUUAUGGAGCAGCCUGUUCCAAGUGCUCCUGGAUAUCCUGCUUCAACUGCAACUUCCCAGAGGCCCAUUAUCCUGCCAGCUGCAGCCACAUGUCUCGGUGGGUAGAUGAUGAUGGAUACUAUGAGGGAAUGACAAGUGAAGCCCAAAGCAAACACCUGGCUAAGCUCAUUUCGAAGCACUGCCCAAACUGCCAGGCUCAGAUAGAGAAAAAUGAGGGGUGCCUGCAUAUGACAUGUGCAAAGUGUAAUCAUGGCUUCUGCUGGCGCUGCCUCAAGCCCUGGAGGCCGAAUCACAAGGAUUAUUACAACUGCUCUGCUAUGGUGAGUAAAGCAGCUUGGCAGGAGAAGCGUUUCCAGGAUUACAACGAGAGAUGCACCUUUCAUCACCAUGCAAGGGAAUUUGCUGUAAAUCUGAGGAACAGCAUUUCUUCCAUCAGAGAGAUGCCAAAAAUUAGGAACUUGACCUUUGUUCUUGAUGCCUGCAAAGUGCUAGAACAGGCACGGAAGGUGCUGGCCUACUCCUGUGUGUACAGCUACUAUAACCAGGACACUGAGAACAUGGAUAUUGUGGAACAGCAGACUGAUAGCCUGGAGCUGCUCACUAAUGCUCUGCAGAUCCUUCUGGAGGAAACCCUGCUGCAGUACCAGGACCUGGCCACUUCUCUUCAGCUCCUGAAAGCAGAGCACUUCCACACGGGUUUGGAGUUGGUGCGGCAGAUCAAGGAGCGUCUCUUUGCAAUUCUCUGGCACUCCACACAGGAUUUCCAUGUUGGGCUCCAGACUGCAGGAGAUGCUGUUCAGAGAAAGCUGAAACUUGCAAAUGUGCCUGCUUCAGCCCUUGCAUGUACAGGGCAAAAACGCAUCCUCCUGUGUGACUCCCCCAACACAGAUGAAGGUGGCAAGGAGGUUGAAGAUGAGGAAUAUGAUCCACAGUGCUAGGAAGACUAUGAUGAUGAUGAUGAUGACGACCUUGAUGAAGACAACUUCAUGAUUGAUAAUAAUUCAGAUUGUGAUUCUUACUUUGAUGAUAAUGAUAGCUAUCGUAGCUAACACUAGAAGCGUUCUGUCACCUAGCCUUGCCACCUUGGACCUCUGCCUCUAUUUUUUGUCAACCAGUUUGUGUUACUGUUUUUCCUCAAAGGCAGGGAGGAGCUCUCAGAUGGAACAAAAUAUUUCCUCUGGGAGGUUUCUUGCUCAGUGACUCUUGAAUGUGCAGGAACGUGACCUGGACAGCUGGUCUGUGUUACUGUGGCCACCUCUCUCAGAAAGACAUCUCUUUGCCUUUUUCCCUUGUCUCUAGUUCUGCCUGUAGGUAUUUAAUUGAGUUAGAAAGCCCACCUGCAGAGUAAGGACCACUUGCCACCUGUUAAAGGGCUGCUCCUUGUCCUUGGUGUGCUGUCCCCAAGGGCUGGGCACAGGGCAGGUGACACAUGUCCCAUCACAGCACUGUCUAGCAAUGGCCAGUGUCUAGAAAUGCUGUAAAAAGAUGCAUUUACACUCAAAGCUUCCCAGCUGGAGCUGGUGGGAUUCUCUCCAGCCACAGAUGGAUGUGGUUCGGUUCCUCUGGUUGAGAGGAGCUGCAUUUUUGCCCUUUGUUGGAGUUUUCUUCUCUGUUAUGAAGCAGGAAGGGCUACUAUGAUUGACAGAAGUUUGCAGGAUUGUUUAAGUUUAUAAAUAUAUGCGCACACAUAUAUUUUAUAUACAUAUAUAUAUAUAUAUGCA